AUGGGCACCAAAACUGUCUUAACCAUCAUGAAAGAAGAAUGUUGGCUUUUCGUUCGCUGUCCACAAGAGCUCGCCGAAGCAACGGCUAAAGCCCGCCCCCCUAUCCCCCGCCGAAAAGUUUUCUUCCCUCCACCUGCAGGGCAUAUGCGCGUGCUGUUUUACACCCACCCACGCUACUCCGCGUGCAAUCGGUACCCAUGCAUCGAAGGCGACUUCCUGCUGACUGGAUCCGGAGACCUCAAUAUGAUCCAAGUUCGAGAGGCCUUCGGUUUAGAGAGCUGUUCGAUCAUUCAGCCUUCCGGGAAGAUUAUCGCCGAAGGUGUCCAAUUUGAACGUAUCUUUUAUCACGGUCUGUUAGACCUAUGCGAUUCAAAUGGAUGUCUCAGAAUUACCGAACCAUAUGUCUCUGAGUCUGUGCAGAUCCAGCGCAAGAUACGUUGGGCUAUGCUUUCCUUGACUCGUUCCAUUAUCCUUUUCGUGUGUGCCAUCGGUGGCCUUAUUUACGAUUUGACUAUACCUGUCGUCGUUAUGGGCGACAACAUUCUGAAAGAGAUAGGCCCAUUAUCCGAACAUAUGGCGAAGAGUAUUGCUUAG